UGUAAUACAAAACAAAACAAAACAAAACGAAUUUAAUAAAAUUUAAUUUGGAAUUAUUCUGAUGUUUUUGAUUGAUUAUCAUUAUAAGCACUCGUACGGGUGAAAUGGAAACGUAAAUAUUACUUGCAAUCCCUAAUAUCACAACAACAAAUCGAUACAUUUUUUCGGCAUUCGUUUCGUCAACUAAAUCAAUCAAUCGAUUCAUGUUUGCAAACACAAGCACAAAACAUGAGCACUAAAAGUAAAAGACAAUCGGCAAAGAAUGCUGCGGUGGCCAUUGCAUUUGAUAUUUCAACAAGAUCGCCAACGAAAAAACAGCCAUCAACAACAAAAUCCAAAUCUAAGCCGAAAAGACAGCCGAAAAAUUCUUUGAACAAACCAUCAUCAUCAAAAUCGUUGUCAAAACAACGAGGACUAAUCGAUGGUGAAGAUGUGUAUGCAGUCAAACGUUUAUUAGAUAAACGUACAACAUCCGAUGGUCGUAUCGAAUAUCUCGUUGAAUGGAAAGGCUGGUCUAGUCGUUAUAAUCAAUGGGAACCGAAAGAAAAUAUCAUUUCAUCCGAAUUGAUUAAAGAUUUCGAAAAUGAAAAAAAGCAAAACAAUUCAACCACAUCAUCAUCAUUAUCGUCAUCCUCAUCAUCAUCAUCGUCGUCGUCGUCGUCGUCCUCAACGAUAGGAUAUCGAAAUCCAAGCCGGAAGCCGACAUCAAGUAAUAGAAAGAAAAAUGAACAAAAAAAUGCCCACAAUUCUCACCAUCGUCACCAUCAUAAUAAUCAUAAUACAAAUGGACCACAGAAUAAAAAUGGUUUAUCCAUUGGUAAAUUUGCAAAUUUAUACGCAGCAACAACGGUUGGUCCACGACAAGCACGACGUUUGAAAGCAGCAGCCGCAACUAAACAUUGAAACAUGAAUAUGAAUCAAUUUUUUCAUCAUCAUCAUCAU